GAAGGAUACUUUAAAGAUGAAAGAGUAAAGAGGAAAUUAAGCUUGAGAGAUAAAAAGUGGGGGCAAACAACCGAGGUAUGUGGGUGUCACCUGGAACUGUGUACUCUUUGAGAGAGAGAUUCCAUUACUAUUCCUAUUCCUAUUCCUAUUGCUAGCUACUACUCACUCAUCUUGGGAUUUUCAAUCAAACUCUUUCUUGGUUUGAUCUUCUUCUUUCCCUUUAAUUAACAAAACAAACUUAUAUGUAAUUAUAUAUUAUCAUGGAAUCUACAAAUCUACAUCAUCUCCAAGACCAACAUCAUCAUCCUCCUCCUCCUCCUCCUGUUUCCACUACCCCAUAUGCAGUUGGAGGAACCACCACUACCACCAACUCUUGGACCCCAAACUUCACUUUGAACAAUGCUGCAAGUAGCUUCAACUCAAAUAACCUCCAAGAAGAUAAUCCUAGAUCAUAUUCAAGAUCAUCUUUAACACACAAGAAGAACCAUAUGAUUCAAGAUUUAGGUUAUCAGCAUCAUCAUCAGUGGACAAGUACUGAUAAUGAGUCAAGUCAUAACAACUUAGAUUCACAUGAAUUUUCCAAGAAUAGUAGUACUAGUACUAUUAAGGAAGAGAUCUCAUUUGCUAAUUUCCCCAAAUUCACUGAAAUGCUUAAUUACACGACUCCUAAUUAUCCAAUACUUCCUAAUUCUACUACAACACAGAUGAAGAAUAUUAACAAUGAAGAACACAAAGAUAUGAAUGCUCUCAUGCUCAAGACCCUUUUUACUGCUGAAGAUUUUUAUAAUGCUCAAAAUUAUCCAAACCAAAUGUUGGAAGGCACUAGUAACAAUAAUAUUAGUAGCCAGAUUCAUCCUAGUAUAAAUAUCUCAAACUUGAAUCAUUACUCGUCUUCGGCCGGUUCGUCUUCCUUGGAUAUGAACAUGCAGUCAUUAGAUCUAUUAACUAAUUCACCAACAUCACUUAGCCAACAUUCACAAGAUCAUCAUCAUCAUAAUCUUGGUAGAUUUACUACUCAUGAUCAUGAAAACCUUUCUUUUGGUCUUCAUCCUAUGCAGCAACCAACCAACAUGUCAUCUUCUACUAACUCUAUCAAUAAGCCAUCGCUAUUGAGCAAUGUUGAAACAAAAAGAGGAUGCACAUUGAUGGAGUCAAAGGCUUCUCAAUCUCAAACAGCAUUGAAAAAACCACGAUCUUCAUCUGAACCACGCCCUUCAUGCCCACCUUUUAAGGUUAGGAAAGAGAAAUUAGGGGAUAGGAUUGCAUCUCUUCAACAGUUGGUGGCUCCUUUUGGAAAGACAGACACUGCAUCCGUACUCAUGGAAGCUAUUGGAUACAUCAAGUUCCUUCAAGGCCAAGUCGAGACACUGAGUGUUCCCUAUAUGAAAUCAUCACAGAACCAAAACAACAGAGUGAUGCAAGGGGGUUCAGGCACAAGUGAUACAAAUGGUGAAGCAAAGCAAGAUCUGAGAAGUAGAGGCCUCUGUCUGGUGCCACUGUCAUGCAUGUCAUACAUAGCAGGUGAUGGCUGCCCUGAAGUGUGGCAACAACGUCCAAACUUUGGUGGACCAGCUUAAUUAUUAUUGGUGUUAGCAAUUUCUUAUUUGAGUUAUAAUUAACCAAAUAAACAUUCAAAUGGAAGUUUAGGGAGUUCAAAACAAAUCCAAUUGUAUCCAUGUUUAAUGGAGCAAACUUGAUCUUCCUUCGUAAGAGCUAAUGAUGGCCAAGUUUGAUCCAUUAAAUUAAUUAAACAUCAUCUUAUUGUAUCCAUUAUAUCAUUGCCUUUAAGUUUUUGUGCCUCUUUCUUUAAACCAAAACCCAAUUUUUUGCUGACAACAUUUGAUAUAAGGUGUAGAUAUUUUAAU